AACUCAAACCAUACACCCCACCACACAAUAUCCCUCCACUUGACUCGUUUUCUUGACUUUACAGUGUGACUGUGGGACUUCCUUUCCCAAACAACACUACAUUAAUUUCUAUCUCCUCCAUUAAACCAAAAAUUGUUUUUUUCCUUGGUGCAUUCCACAAUACAAAUUAAAACACCUAAAUACGCUUAUUUUCUUCCCUUUUUUGUUCCUUCAACCCCUAUAAAAAAAAAAAAAAAAAGAGAGAGAGAGAUGGAUGUUGCAAUAGUUCUCAAAUCAAUAGACACUUGUGUAAAAUUGGCAGAAUCUCGCAUCGUGAAAAAAGGAGGUAUGCCUUUUCUUUUCUCCCUUCAACCAACUGGAUUUUGCUUUUACUAUGUCCAGUGAGGUCAGAAAACUUGUGAAGACGUUAAAUGAGAUUGCUAGCGAUCGUCGUGACUUUGCCUCUCCAUCGCAGGGCUCUUUAGGUAAUAAAACAACAAUGCCUAAGGGAAGGGAGGAUAGUCGCUCUAUUUUACUUGAAACGAAGGUUAUUGGAAGAGAUAAGGACAAGAAAGCAGUGUCUGACUUGUUACUUGUCUCUAGUGUUAGUGAGGAUUUUUGUUUUGUUUCGAUUGUUGGGAUUGGGGGAUUAGGGAAAACCACUCUUGCUCAAUACAUUUACAAUGAUACGGAGUUCAGCAGCAAGUUUUCUUUGACAUUGUGGGUUUGUGUUUCUGAUUAUUUUGAUUUUGAAAUGAUUUUGCGGAAAUUGUUGCAGUCAGUGAAGCCUGAGAACUAUGACCACCUUAAGAUGCGACAACUAUGUUGUCUAGUUCAAGAGCACAUUUUGGUAAAAAAGUUCUUGCUUGUUUUAGAUGAUGUGUGGAAUGAGAAUUGUAAGGAAUUGUUGGAACUGAAGAACUUGUUGAUGAAAGGGGGAAAGGGAAGUAGAAUAAUAGUCACUACGCGCUCUAUGAUAGUUGCUAGAAAUAUAGGAGACGUAACGUAUGAACUUGAGAGUCUAUCUGAUAGCUGUUCAUGGGAAUUGUUUGACAAAUGGGCAUUUACUACUGAGGACAGAAAGAACAGGCAGCUGGUUGAAAUUGGGAGAGAAAUUCUAACAAAGUGUGCGAAAGUUCCCCUUGUUAUAACGACUAUUGGAAGUCUUCUUUACGGUGAAGGUGAAGAGAAAUGGAAUUUUUUUAGAGACACAGACCUAGAAAAAAUCACGCAGGGUGACAAUAAGGAAAGCAUAUUGAAAGUGCUGAAGUAUAGCUAUGACAAACUUACAGCACCGUUAAAGCGCUGUUUUAGUUAUUGUGCUAUAUUUCCUAAGGAUUAUAGAAUAGACAAGAAUACUUUGAUUAGUAUGUGGAUGGCGCACGGUUUCAUAGAGCCAGAAGCUGGUUGUGUUGAAGAUGCUGGAAAGGAGUAUUUUAUGACUUUGUUGCUAAGGUGUUUCUUUUAUGAUAUUGAAAUAGAUAAAUUGGGUGAGAUUACUUCAUGCAAGAUCCACGAUCUAAUGCAUGAUGUAGCUCAAGGAGUAGCCGAAGAAGACAUAGUAGUGGUAAAUUCUAAUAAUGUAGCUCAUGUAGACCAGUUGAAGAUAAACGCUAGGCACUUGUCUUUAGGCAAUAUUGACGUCCAAAGCUUUACAGCCUCUUUGGGUCAGAUGAGACACCUGCAUACAAUAUUUUUAUCAGGGAAGAUGAAAGGUACUUUUAACCUUUCAUUGGACACUGAAACAGUAUUACUAUCCAAGGCAAGAUACUUACGGGCUUUGAGCUUAUGUCACAUGAGUAUUACAGCCUUGCCUGACACAAUAGAUAAACUGUAUCAUUUGCGACAUCUUGACCUGUCAAAUGAUGAAUUGUUAGUGUGUCUCCCUGAAGCUAUUUGCUCGCUACUGAACUUGCAGACAUUACAGCUAAAGAAUUGUACGAUGUUAACAGAGUUACCAAAGAACUUGAGUAAACUCGUACAUCUUAGGGAAUUGGAUAUAUUGGGUUGCAACAAGUUGACUCAUAUGCCUACGGGGUUGAAUAAUUUAACUUGCCUAUAUAGGCUAUCAAUGUUUGUUGCAAAAUUCAAUCCCUCAGAGUCAACUUUUGAAGGCAAGCUACAAGACUUGGAAGCUCUUACAAACGUCAGGGGAAGUCUUAGAAUUCAUGUUCAUGGAAAUUAUUGUGAUGUCGCCCCAGGCUCCAAAUAUGUCAAGGGUAUGAAAUAUCUCAAAGAACUUUCUGUAUUCCGGGGUACAAAGUUAUUGCUUGAAGGUCUUCAACCCCAUCCUGAUAUUAAGAGCUUCCUUUUGUUUAGCUAUCAAGGCAGAACAUUUCCUAACUGGGAAUCAUCAUCGGACUUGGAGAAAUCCCUUCCGAACCUUACCAUGCUCUCCCUUCGUUCAUGUUAUUAUUUGCAGCAUAUCCCUUGGUUGGGUCGAUUGCGUUAUCUGAAAGUCCUUAAACUUGAGCAUUUACAUAGAUUGAAGUACAUAGAAGAGGGUACGGAUGAUCAAUCCGAAUUCUUUCCAGUCCUUGAGGCACUUCAUUUAAAUACUUUAAAAGAUCUGAAAACAUGGCAUAGAGAAGACUCCACACCACAAAUGUUGCACCCAGUAUCACAUCGUUUUAAUCACCUUUCCUCGAUGUGCAUAUUCGGUAGCCUUAUAACCUCCAUUCCUCUGAGUGCUAAGUUGAAAAUACUGAUUUUGAGUUCUGAUUUCCGUCAACAAGAGGAUCCGGCAUCUUAUCCAUUUAGUAUGCAGGGUGACCAAUGGAAACCUGAUAGCCUACUUAUAAGACUAGACACGACCUGGAGACUAACUAGUUUGUCAAUGGUAAUAGUUGGGGAUUCGUGGUGGAGCCGUCUUUCCUUCCUUGAUAGGUUAGAAAUUCGAGGUUGGAUCCAUCUAGAGAGUCUAACUGGAGUGGGGUUCCAGCAUCUUACUUCUCUCCGGGAUCUUAGACUCAGGGAUUUACCCCAAUUCAAACACGUGGAGGAUGAUAUGCCUUGGGAAUCCCUGACCAAUCUCUGUAGCCUGCAUUUGCACAAUCUGCCUGAACUGGAGAACCUCCCACAGGGAAUCCAGCAUUUAACAUCUCUUCAAUCCCUUCAUAUCAUUGAAUGCCACAAAUUAACAGUGUUACCACAAGCCAUCCUUGACCUCACCUCCUUAACCACACUUACUAUAAAGAAUUGUCAAGGCUUGAAGGAGAGGUACCAACCGUCGAACAAAGAAGAUUGGUCCAAGAUACAACGCAUCGGUCAUUUUUCAAAGAUAGAUAUUGGUUUAUCGUAAUUGUUGGGUUUUUAUUUUUUUGUUGUUUUUGUUUGGGUUUAGUUGUACAAUUGUAAUAGAGGUUGGAAGAAAGAUUUCUAAGUGCAUUUUAUGUUUAUUGGGUUCUUAAAACCUAGAUUGUUUUUAAUAGAUGGUGUUUUUUUUUUUUUUUAUUAUUAUUAAAAAUAGCAUUAAUGAAUUAAAUACAAUGUAAUUUGCAAUUCCAUAUUUUGCGAAGGUCAUAUAGUUUGUAUUUUUUAUUAUAAUUUAAUAAAAAAAACUAUCAGUUCAAGAUUUGGCUUGGUGUUCUAUAUUUGGUAAAUUGUAAUUAGUUGAUGCUAUUUGCUGAAACGGUUUAUUUGAUCAAAAAUGACAUGCAUAUUUGUUGAACAGAUUUUUUUUUUUUAGCUAGGGUUAUCUUUUUUAUUUGUUCCUUAAAAACGGACAAUAAUAAUAAUAAUAAUAACAAUAAUAACUUUGAAGUUAUGGCUUUCAAUAUUUUUCAAUUUGUAAUUUGAAAAGACAUUUCCAAUAUUAUCAUUUAAAUUUCUACUUUACGA